CUCAUUUGUUGCGGCGGAGAGCAGUUGGCGCGGCGUAAUGGCUACCUUAUGGGCUGCAAUCUUCCCUCAGGCAGCGGAGUUGGCGCCAGCAGCCCACGGUUCGCUGUUAGAUCCUGCGUGGCUGCUGCUGGGCUUCCCACUGCUGGGCAGCGCGUGGCACACGGCAUGCUUCCUCUGCCUCACCUUCGCCUGCUACCUGACGGUGUUCCGGCUGGUUCGCUGGAAUCGGUCGACUCGCCACCGCCUGGAGGACAACCUGGACCGCCUGGUGACCAUGAAGCAGUUCAGCGAGCUCACUGACCAGCACCAUCGCGUCCGCACGCAGAUGAACCACCAGGUGCAUAUGUACGAGCUUCUGGAUGAAGAGGUAGAUCGUCUCCGGGAUGACGCGAAAACACUGCUCAAGACGGUCGCAUCGGCAGAACGAGCUUUGCUGCCAGAGCGGUUGAGGCUGCGCGAACUGCAGGAGAGCCAGCAGCAGCAGCAGCAGCAGCAGCAGCAGAAGAAGCUGGCCGCGCUGCAGAGCCAGCGCCGGCGGCGGCCCCAGCCGCUGCAGCGCCUGCGCCAGCGGCCGCACGCCACCAGCAGCGCGCCCAACAGCACGACGGAGCAAGCGGCCGCCCCUGCACAGGCGCAGAAGAGGUCCGCGGCCGGCCCCAGCGCCGGCGCCUCCGCCAGCAGCGCUAGCCAGCCCAACGCCGCUUGAGUCAGCGGGCCGCUCUGCCGCUACAGCGCCGCGCCCAGCGCUCCCCCCACCAAAUUGUAGUCGCAUCGUCCACGACACCAUCCAACACUACCCGCAGAUUCCUUAAAAAAACAGUACACUUUAUUAUUUACAAUUGCAUCUUCGAUCUCCUUCAGAAUACUAACCAUAAUCUGUAAUCCCCUUGUCCCGCAUUAAUUACAGUGUUGGAAACAUAUUUUUAAAUUUGUUCUCUAAGUUACUUGCUAGUGCCAUGGCGAUACUGCAUUUACGUCGUUAUAAAGUUAUGUUUUAUUUCCUGGUGA